AUGGCAUCCUACAACGAACAAGCGCAGGGCCAAUUUGCGCCGCCUGCGCAAAAUUAUGAGACGAACGGUACUGUCAGUGCCGGAUCUGUAGACGUGAUAGCCGGCCCAUUGCUCAACUAUCGUCGCAUGGACGUCAAUGACACAUCCGCAACAUACUACGGCAGCAUCCUGAUCGUCACAACCCCCGGCCAAGCCCAGCCGCAUUUAUCCCUACGUCACGUCGGACCCGUGUCGCAAGCCUCCGCAAAUGGACAAUUCGGAUCGCAGGUACCUAGCUCGUACGAAGUGGACAAGUUAUAUGAAGAUCCAGUCAAGGCCUUUUGGAGAUUUCAAUUUUCGUUCCCCCUGACCGAAUAUGAAGCGCGAUGGGCAUACGCCAUUCCUGGGUUCAAGUAUGUCAAUGAAUCUGCGUCUAAUGCAUCUGAGUGGACGUUCACAGUUCCUGCCUGGAACCAGUCUAUGCGUAUCAUGUUCCAUUCGUGCAAUGGCUUUUCAGUCGGUACAGAUACAGAUAGUUGGGCUGGCCCUGCGCUAUGGAAUGAUGUCCUGCGAGUGCAUGAAAAGCGAGCAUUCCAUGUCAUGAUUGGUGGUGGAGAUCAAAUUUACAAUGACGGCAUCCGUGUUGAUGGACCUCUUAAUGACUGGACUAAUAUCAAAAAUCCCAUCAAGAGACAGGCGCACGACUUUUCCGAGAAAUUGAGGGCUGAGUGUGAUGAAUUCUACUACAAAAACUAUGUACGGUGGUAUAAUCACGAGCCUUUCAAAACCGCCAAUGGACAAAUUCCGCAAAUCAAUAUUUGGGAUGACCAUGACAUCAUUGAUGGCUUUGGAUCGUACACUGACCACUUCAUGAGAUGUGCAGUGUUUAGAGGUAUCGGAGGAGUGGCCUUUAAGUAUUAUUGUCUCUUCCAGCACCACGUUGCGCCACCCAAAUCCACCUUCACCACGGAUUCGACAGAGCCUAUCGACCCCCGUCAACUGGUGGAUACAUUCGUUCUCGAUGAGCCGACUCCUGACCCACGAUGGAUCAUGGGCAAAACGCCUGGUCCAUAUGUCGAAGAGAGAAGCCGCAGCUUAUACAUGCGCCUGGGUCGGCGCAUCGCAUUUGCUGGUAUUGACGCGCGUACAGAACGUACACGUAUGCAAAUCAACUAUCCCGAGACUUAUGAUUUGAUCUUUCAGCGUCUGCACCAAGAGCUGUCUCAGGCCAACGGAGAAAUCAAACAUUUGAUCCUGCUGCUCGGCGUCCCCAUUGCAUAUCCUCGCCUUGCCUGGCUGGAGAAUAUCAUUACGUCUCCAUUGAUCGCACCCGUUCGUCUACUGAACAAACGAUUUGGAGUUGCCGGCGGCCUUUUCAACAAGUUUGAUGGCCAAGUAGAUCUUUUGGACGAUCUUGAUGAUCACUACACAGCUCGACAUCAUAAGGUUGAGCGCCGAGAACUGAUCCAUCGCCUACAGCAAUUCUCAAAGGACCAUUCAGUGCGGGUCACGAUUCUCGGCGGUGACGUCCAUCUAGCGGCACUUGGUCGGUUCUAUUCAAAACUGGACCUGAACAUUCCCGUUGAGAAUGACUUUAGGUUCAUGCCAAACAUUGUCAGUAGUGCAAUCACCAACAAGCCGCCUCCCAAGACUGUGGCCAAUCUUCUUGCACGAAGGAACAAGAUCCACCACCUUGACCAUGAAACAGAUGAGACACUUAUGACACUCUUUGACAGCCAACCGGGUGGUGUAGAAAAGAGCGCAGCCUGGAACAAGGUCACGAUGCCAUCGCGCAAUUACGCCUGUAUCACCGAAAUUGAGACMCCUGCCACAAACGGGUCUACCGCGCAGCCGCCCUCAUUGGCGCCCAGCACCGCACCCAAGGAUGGUCAUUCGCCGCUACACUUAGGUGAAGAAGGCACUGGAACAAGCCAUCCAGCUGCAGAUGGAUAUAGUAACACCAGUCAACUGGCUGGUGGACUGGACGUGGCGAUUCGGGUUGAGAUUGAGCAAGGUAACCGUGAUGGUAACGCGCAGGGUUAUGGAUUGAGCAUUCCACAACUUUCUGUUGCUGUAUAA